AUGUUCUCCCUGCUGUCCCUCUCUGCCUGGCUCCCCAGCCUCCCAUCCCUGGAAUGGGGCUCCAAUCUCCUGGACAGCCUCCUGCAAGGCCUGGUGGGAGCAUUUGGAGUCUCGGUUCUGAGCAGCGUCUUGAAAGUGUACUUCUUCGUGGGCUGUGCCAAUGCCCCCCAGCGGCAGCCUGAGAAGGAGCGCCUGCGGGCGCAGUGGGCCUGGCUGGAGCCCGUGCACCUGGUAGGGCUGGCCCUGAUCCUGACGGUAGUCGGGGCCCGGGUGGCCGCCCUGGUGGUGCUGGAGUUCUCCCUCCGGGCUGUGUCCACACUGCUGUCCCUGAACAAGGGCCCUGGGAACACAGAACACCUGAAGCUCUACCUGCUGUGCCAGUACUCACUGGGCUGCGGCCUGAGCUGCGGGCUGAGCUUCCUGCAGGAGGGCGCCCCUCACCGCACACUGAACCUGCUGCUGAGCCUGGGGCUGGCUGCACUGCUGGGCUCCAGUGCCCAGCGCCUCCGCCGCCACGUCUUCUGUCUUUACGAACUGCACAGCAGCCAGAACUACUGCGGGGUCUGCCUGGGCCUGCUGGCCGGUGCUUACCGUCUCCCCAGGCUGCUGGGCCGCUCUCUGGCCGUGGCCUUUGCCGUGGGUGACCUGGCAGCCGUGGCCCUCAUCAACCGGGACUUCCUGAGCACCUCAGAGGCUGUGCGUUUCUGGACACCACUCACCAUCUGCUAUGCACUGCUGGUCAUCUACAUGCAGGAAGAGCAGCGGCAUCAGCGCUUCAGCCUGCAGAGCCAGGUCCAGACAGUUCUUGUGCGUAUGGGUGGCCUCUUCGUGCUGCUGCUGACUGUGGGCCGCUGGCUGGACCUCCUGGGCAUCCUUGUCUCCCUGCUGGGUGAGCUCUGGUGCCUGCUGGGCGUCCAUAUCCUGCUGGACCUCUGCCAGAUACAGGGGCACCCUCCUCCAUAUACUCCCCAGAAUCUACACCCAAAUCUUUCACUGACCAUAUGGCAGAUGCGCCAUCUUGGCAUCAUGGAAGCUCAGCUGCUGUUUCGUGCCAACUCAAUUUCACACCAACUAGACUUGAUUCUGUGA